AUGACGAAUCGACUCCUCCUGCGGGAAGUCAACCAACGAAAUCCGCUUGUCCCAUUCUUGUGGGGCUGUCUAAUCAGCUAUUUGGCGGCAUAUUGGCAGAUGACCAGGUCUUGUGGGUCCAACAGCGCGGCCGCCGUUAGACGGGGAUCUCGCAGUCAAGAAUCCAAGUUUAAAGGUGUUCAGCACUGGAAAGAAGGCUUUACCCAAAAAGUUGAGACUCUCUAUGAGACACCAUUUGCAAGAUUUCAGGUCCAUUCAGUCAAACUGGAGAGUGGAAAGAUUGUGGAUGAUUGGAUGUGGUUUGACGAAGCAGAACAUGUCAAUAUCCUUGUCGAAAAGGCAUCCACCAAUGGUGGUGCACCAGCCUAUCUGGUAUUGCGACAAACAAAAUAUGGAGCUUCUGGAGAGACUCUGGCCAUUGUGGGGGGACUCAUGGAACCAGGUGAAAAUGCAUUGGACACUGCCAAAAGAGAGUUGAAGGAAGAGUUGGGAUUAGAAUCUCAGGAAUGGAUGCCACUGGGGUCCUACCGAACGGCAAUCAAUCGAGGAGGUGGUAUUGUCCAUUGUUAUAUGGCUGGAAAUAGUACUCCAAUUCCAAACACCAGAGUUUCCGGGGAAGGUGGGAGAGCAUUUGGAGAAUCUGAGAAGCAACAGUUGGUGGAAAUGUCCAGGGAGCAGCUUGUAGAUGCCAUGUUGCAGGGGAAGUUUCAAGAGGUCAAAUGGACUGCUACAAUUGCAUUGGCCAUGCUCAAAACAGGAAUAGCAGAAGCACACAAUUCAAAGUUGAGUUGA